AUGCCAGUCACAUUCGCGCCCGCUCCCGAGCACCAGCGCCGCCUGUCGGCAUCUUCCCCGUUCCCCGGCCGCAUCAUGACCAGCCUGGUCCCAAGCGACCCCCGGUACACAAGCACAAGCACGGUCCAGCUCGUCGUCCUCGCCGAGGCUCGGCGCCGCGGGUCCCGCUACAGGGCGCGUACGAGCGCGUGGACCAACUCGCCGCAAGAGGAGCGGAUGCCGCUGUACGCGGUGGACGAGGAGGAUGCGGAGCGCCAGCCGCUGCUCGGCGACGAUGGCCCGCGGCCCGAUGUCCAAUGGGCGCUCACGCUGGGGAUCACCGUGGCCAUUGCGGCGAUCACGUUUUGA